AGCUUAUAGGUACCGUUAUAAAGAUCAUCCUCGGAGGUCAGAAAAUAAUUUCCAAAAGCUCAAAAGCACUCCACUCCCUCUCUCUCUCUCUCUCUCUCUCUCUCUCCGAUGGAAAAACAUCUAACCACCAUCUCUUCGCCACCGCCGUCAACUUCUCCGACCACCUUCGUCCAAGCCGACCCAAACUCCUUCAGAGACCUCGUCCAGAAGCUAACCGGCUUUUCCGGUCACUCCGAAAAGCUUCCGGUUACCCACCUCUCCAAACUUUCCUCUUCGAAUCCCUUACCUCCCGCCACAGACCAUCAUACCGGUCCCCGCCGGUCUCCGUUCAAGCUCCAAGAGCGCCGGCACACAAUACGAAAGCUAGAGAUCAAACUCGGCCCCACUGGAAUUUUCAAAAACUCGCCGAGUCACCCUCGCCGAUUCGACUCGCCCAUUCCGAGUCCGGUUACGCCUCUCGCCGCCGAGUUCCUGUUUUUACGGAAGCCCGGCGUAGCCUCGCCACUGACGCCGCCAGUAACGGCGGAGGAUAAAGCCAUAGCCGACGGCGGCUUUUACCUUCACCCGUCUCCGAGGAGCUCACAGCCGCCGGAGCUCUUGAAUUUGUUCCCGUCUAAAUUCGCCAAUUGAGCAAUCUCAAAAUGCAUACAAGAACGAAAAUGAAAAUUGGGGGUUCCUUUCUUCAAGUAAUGUCUCUGUAUAUUUUUAAUUUUAGUGCAAAUUUUUCCUUUUUUUUAUUUUCGAGGAUCUUUGAGCUGAUCCAUUGUAGUUCUUGAAUUUAAUUUAAUUUAAUUUAAUUGUAUAAAAUGGAAAAAAAACAAUAUGCUUUUUAAAUG